CACCUCCGAAAGCACCGCUACCAACCGCGUGCAUGAGUCUUCUGCCUCCCUCUGCCCCAUGCCGUUGUUUCCGCCAUCGACGCACACCUUUCGCGCGUUUCCUGCGCGCCAUCUCGGCUUGAUCGUUAGCCCCUAGCGCCCCACGCUGCUCGCUUCGCCCCCCCUCCCCCCCCCGCCCGCCAGUUCGCCGACAGCUCCAGCGACAGCGGCGGCCCCGCCGGCCGCGCUUGCGGCAGCGACAUCCAUCAUGGCGUCCGCGCAAUCAGACGCCGCUGACACCCAAUCGGACGGCUCUGAUUCGCCCAUUCUCGUGGAGCGGCCUGGUCCGCCCGAUUUGUUUACGUCAGCCGAGCUCGCAAGCAGGGGGGAAGGGGCAGCAGCCGCCGGCGGGUCGGAGGCGAAGGCGGACGAUUCGUCCGCGGGCCCGCCGUGCAGUGAUGGGUCGCGCGGCGAUGGGCGGAAGGACUCAAGCGAGGGGCGGACGGAGUGCGCGGAGCCGCGAGGAGAAGCAGAGGGAGUAUCCGCGGUGGCGCUGGCGUCGCCGUCGACUGCGAAGCGGCGCGAGAGGGGCGCGGGGGGGGCGUCGGAGCAGGGCGGGGCGGCGGUUGCCGUGGGGCAGGGCGAGGUGGCUUUGGCCGUGGGGCAAGUGGCGGCGAACGUGGCGGGCUUCGCCAGCAGCGCAGGCGCCGAGGCGGCCGCCGUCGUGAGCAGCCUGAGCGAGCGGGUGACGGGGUUCAGCACGGGCUUUGUGUCGCUCUUCAGUGUCUUUGACUCUGCUGUCGCCUACCCCUCCGACUCCACCCAAGGGGGCUCUGCCGCCGCCCACAGCAGCGGCGGGGCGGACGGCAGCAGCGCAGGGGCAGAGCAGGGAGACAAGGCCAGGGCAGGCAGCAGUGAUGGCAGUGGUGGCAGUGGUGGCGGGGGGGCGGGGAGCGCGGAGGCAGAGAGCGGGGAGGGCAUGGGCGAAAGUGCGCGGGCGCACCACCCAUCGCGGGCCAUCGACCUGCAGGCCAUCUUCGGCCUACCCACCAAUGAAACCCUGCUGGAAGCCUUCCCGUGCCGCCUGCUGCAGCUGUACCGCCCGGUGCACAACAGCCUCACGCCGGACAUGCGGCGUGCGUUCCGGGGCACGCUGUACGUGACGGAGCAGCACGUGUGCCUCUGCCUCGAUGACAGCGCCCGCCGCAUCCCCAUAAAGCUGGAGGCGUCGGAGGUGGGCGGGGUGGUGAAGCACAGCGCCAGGCGCGGGGAGACAAGCGACCAGCUGAAGAUGGAGCUCACAGGGGCGCAUUCCUCGCUUGUGCUGCAGGACUUUGCCUCUCCCGAUGCGCUGGACAGCGCCCUCGCGCUCCUCGAGCACAUCACCUCCUGACCGCAUGCCGCCGCGCUCCACGCCGCCCGGCCUCACCCGGUUCCAUGGCGAGACGAGCGCCGGGUUGGGUGCAGCAGGCACUUCAACUCGCACUUGCCAUUCUCCUCCGCUUGGCAGAGAUGUCAGACCUCUGCCAGUGCGAGCUGGCAGCAGCCCGAGCGCAUGUAGGAUGCCGUGCAGAGCACAGGCAACGCUCCCGCAGCCAGCCAGACGCAUGGGAUAUGCGAGAGUGCGACUCAUGCAUGUUGUGCCAUGUCACCGUGUUACUGCAGAGCGCUUCCUUGUUGGCAGACACAGUAUGCUCCAUGCAUCCUUGCUCACUUCCACUAGAAUUUGUACUUAUAUAUCAUAU